GGCUGUUCGUAGUAUUGCUCAUUGCGAUGUAUCAAGGAGCGAGAAGCCUGGGAUUUGGGGAACACGAGAUUAAAUCACCAUGAGAUUGUAUCUGUCUCCUCCCGGUGUACUGGCGCUGUGCUGCUUUGUGAUACAGAUUCCAGGUAUGUUUAGUUACAUUUUAAUUAAUAUCCUGCAUGAGAGAUGAUUGAUCUGCUGUAUGGACCAGUGCAGAGACAGUGCAAAAUGUUUACAUCCACAGACAGGGACCCAUUUCGAUGGUCCCCCAUAAUUCUAAUUCCACUUCACCAAACCAGGAAUUAUACCAGGCUAGGAAUAUUUAGCAGUCUUUUUAACCAUGUUAGUCAUUACAAAAAGGCAUAAGUAAGAGCCUCGGCAGGGCUGGUGCAAGGAUUUUUGCCGCCCUCUGCGAAAAAAGUUUUUGCCGCCCUAUUUGUUCCACCCACUCAUGCAGACUUACCUACACUGACCCAUACACACACACACUGACUCAUACAGACACACACUGACCCACACACAUACACACACGCUCAUACUGACCCCCCUCCACACACACACUGACCCAUGAUGACACACACUGACCCAUACACACAGACACACACUGACCCAUACACACACACACACUGACUUAUGUAGACACACGCUGACCCAUGCAGACACACGCUGACCUAUACACACACAGAGAACCGUACACACAAACAGACCCAUACAUACACACUGACCCAUACAUACACAGACCGAUACAUACACACACACACUGACUCAUAAAUACACACACACUGACCCAUACACACAAACACAGACACUGACCCAUGCAGACACAGCUGAACCAUACACACACACACAGACCUACACACACACACAGACCUAUACACACACAUACACACACACACACCCAUACAUAAACACACACACACACAUAGACCCACACAUACACACACAGACCCAUACAUAUACACACACACACACACACACAUAAACAAACUGACUGAAACAUACUGACACACAUUCUAUGAAACACACUGUGCAUUCUCUCUUACCUUCAUUGGACGCUGCGCUUUGUUCCUAUCACCUUUACUGCGCCCGGCAGCUGACACUUUUUUCCAGCCUAAUUUCCUGUUAUUCUCCCGUCCCCUUGUACCCGAGUACAGGGCAAGGGGUGGGAGUGAGUGAAUGAUGUGCCCUUGCGCUGUCGCGGUGCUUGGCUGGGAGAGGGGUCCUGACUUUACAGGCUUUGGUGAAUGCCGGACUGACGUUUUUAUGGGCGCUAGUCUACAAGUAAGUGCCUUACCUAUUUGCCCACUGUCUGUGCUUAUUCGCUGUCAAUCCAUAAAGAGUAACUUAGCGGGCGUUAUGUGCCUAUUACUUAGAAGUUAAUCACAGAAGUCUAUAUUUUCAAUGGACUAUAUACGAACUCGAUAAGAAUUAAACUGCUGUAAUUAAAUGGAUUCAAACCAUUAAACGGCUGAUCAAGAAUAGAAAAAAAUGACAAUAUACAAUAUCGACUGAUAUCCAAUCAAAGUCAUAGUAACAUAGUGAUCUAGGUUGGAAAAUGUCCAUCGAGUUCAAUCUGUAAAAUAAAUGUUUGUUAUUUUUAUUUUUUUUUCAUUUCAGACAUUACCAGUCUCUUAUAUUCUUUCCUACUUUGCAUCUCAGGCUUGGUAUAUUAGUCAUCAUCAUUUUUUUUUUCUCUCCUCUUUUUCCUAUUAAAUGACUUUAAUUUAUAGAAAAAAACAUUAUUAUUAAUUAACAAAACAAAAAAAAGCUAAAACAUAAAACAGCCAUACACAACAUUCAUACCUGAUGAUGAAACCCUCUUCCCUAGUCUCUCUGCAUUGCUAUUCAUAGUACUUAUAUAUGAGCUAGCAUUUCUCUUUUCUUUUCUCUUUUCUUUCCUUUUCUUUCCCUUUCUUUUCCCUCCCUUUCUUUUCCCUUUUCCUUUCCUCUCCCUUUCUUUUCUCUCUUCCUUUCUUUUUUCUUCAAAUUUCUGUUCAGAUCUCCCUCCAUCCUAAAUUGCAAAAUUAGGUUUUUUACUAUAUCCCAGUUUGGUAGAGUUUUGGUUCUCCACCUUUUAGCUAUGGAGAUCUUUGCUGCUAUUAAUGCGUGAGAAAAAAAAUGUUGCAAAUCUACAUUAUACUGAUAAAUAUUUAAGUGUAAUAUGCACAUUUCUGGGGCAAGGGGAAAAUUAAAUCCAGUUACCAUUUCUAUUUUAGACAAGAACAUUUUCCAAAAUUCUUUAAGUGGGGGGCAACUCCACCAAAUAUGUAGACAAUCUCCCACUCCCCCUUCACAUCUCCAGCAUGUAUCUGUUUUACUCUGGUCUAUUUUAUUUAGACGGCUAGGAACCAAAUAGAGUCUUUUAAUAAUCUUAAAAUGUAGUUCCACUAAAUUUAGGCAUUUAAUGUGCCUAGCAACUGUCAGUCAUGAUCUAUUCCAAUCUUGACCAUCGAUUUUUUGUAUUUUUAGAUCUUUCUCCCAUUUUGUUAUCGCUGGAAACGUCAAGUCACCCUCUAGUUGUCUCAAUACCAAAUUACACUUAUUUAAUAAAUUUUUCAUGUCCUUUCCUUUCAGUAAAUGUCAUAAUUUAUUAUUAAAUUCCCAUUUCUCUUUAUUUAAAGUUUUAUUCAGAUAGCUUUUAAUCCUCAUGUAAUUAAAUUUCUCCGUUUCGGGGAGACUAAAAUUAGUACAUAUUUGUUCAAACGAAUUAACCCAGAGUCCUGUUGUUAUAUCUUCUAUAGUUUGUAUACCUGCUCUUCUCCAAUUAUUUAGUCUUAGGUCUUGCAUGUUAUUUUCCAAUAUUGAGAUAAGGUAGGGUAUUAAUAAUGUGAUUUUUAAAUCCUGCACUUUUUUUUAUCUUACUCCACAUUCCUCUAAUGGAUUCAAUUACCACACUAUCAGAACUUGGUUGGGUCUUAUUUGUGUCUCCUUCUUGAGUAAACCAAAAAAGUGUUACUAGAUCCCUACCAUCUGCAAGUUCCUUUUCCACCGCGUACCACCUUUCUAGCUUAGCCCCAGCCAAUUGUGAGAUGAUACUAUGGAAAAGGAUACUCGCUUUGUGGUAUUGUUGUAUAAGUGGGAAUCCUACCCCUCCCUUAGAUUGAUUAAUCAAGAGGAGUUUUCUUGCCAUUCUAGGUUUUUUCGCUUGCCCUAUGAACUUAGACCAGGCCUGUUGUAUUAAUAGCAGCCAACUAUCACGGACACUCAGAGGGAUCAUUCUAAACAAAUACAACCAUUUUGGUAAGAUGUAAGACUUAAUAAUAUUAAUACGACCCCACCACGAAAAUUCUAAAUUUUUCCAACCCUUUAGGAGUUUAUUCAUUUUAAUGAGCAAUGGGAGAAAAUUGAUCUCUACUAUUUUCAGUGGGUCAGCACAUAUAUUAAUUCCUAAAUAAUUAAAUGAUUUUUCGACCCAUACGAAAUUAAAUUUCUUCAUAAUCUCAUUUUUUUCUUCUUUAUUUACAUUUACAGCUAAAAUAGAUGAUUUUUCUAUAUUUAUUUUGUGUCCAGAAACCUGGGAAAAACUCCCAAUGGUUUCCAUAAGUUGUAUUAUAGAUUGUAGAGGUUUUUGUAUUGUUAAGAUGACGUCAUCAGCGUAUACAUUUAUUUUUAUAUUUACUUUAUUAAAAUCAAAACUUACUAUUCUCUGGUCUUGUCUUAUGGCUAAGGCCAAUGGUUCUAGUGCCAUGAUAUAAAGUAACGUUUAGCAAUGAGAACCAUUCAGAUCCAAAGCCAUUUCCUACAAUUCUAGCCGUAGGUGCUGUAUAAAGAGCUGAUAUAUUCUGGAAAAGUCUUCCCUCUAACCCAAAUGCCUGAAGGGUUUGCCUCAUGAACUCCCAGUUGACCCGGUCAAAUGCUUUUUCGUCAUCUAAAGACAGGGCCAACAUAGGAGCCCCGGUUCUUGUCGCGUGGUUCAGAACAUCAAUCAAUCUUCUUAUAUUAUGGGUAGAUGAUCUACCAGGGACAAACCCCACCUGAUCCCUAUCUAUCACAUCUGGAAUGAUCCUUUUUAAACAUUCUGCUAUCAUGGCCGAAUAGAGAUUUAUAUCGGUAUUUAGGAGGGAAAAUGGGCGAUAGUUCUUGAUUUUUUCUGUAUCUUUUUCUUGUUUAGAAAUUGGGACUAUAUUCGCUUGCAGUAAUUCUGCUGGGAUCUUUUCGGUUGUUCCAAAGGAAUUAAAAACUUCAAUCAAAUCUGUUUUGAUAUUGUUUUUCAGUAAUUUAUAGAAGAGGUUAUCAAACCCGUCGGGUCCUGGAGAUGUAUUUUUUUUAAGUUUAUUAAUACAGAAGAUCAAUUCAUCCUCCUUGAAUACUUUAUUCAAUUCUUGUAGUUGUAGAUCUGUAAUUUUCAGGAUUUUAAUAGUUUUUAAGAACUCUCUAAUAUCUAAUUUAUUUAUUUGACUCAAAAUAUUGUAUAAAUCAUAAUAAAAUUUUUUUAAAAGCUUCUCCUAUUUUUUCUGGAUUUAGUAAGAUUUCCCCAUUGUGUACAAUUUUAGUAAUAACCUUUUUAACUCUUUCUUUCUUUAGUCUAUUUGACAUCAGUGCUUCUGCUCUGUUUCCCAUGUAGUACCAUUUUUGUUUCAUGCCUAUUAAGACCUUAUUGGCUUUUACUAACAAUUGGUCAUUUAUUAGUUUUUCUACUUCUGUUAUUGUAUUGGUGAUAUUAUUUGAGGGGUUUCUUUUAUUUUGAUAGAGUAAGUAACCUUAUAUAUAGCUCUGCCAAAUUAGCCCUUUUCUCAUUCCGUUUAUUUUCUUUGGCUGUUAGACUUAUGAGGUGACCCCUUAUAACCGAUUUAAAUGCGCACCACGUCAUUGCUGGGUAGACCUCAUUAUUUCUAUUCUCUAGGAAGAAAAGGUCUGUCAUCUUUUUAAUAUAAUUAAGGUUGAUAUCCAGUCCUUCAUUCUCCAUUCUGUUCUGGGUCUCUCAAACUGUUCUUUUAGUUCUAGUAUAAUUGGGUUAUGAUCAGACCACGUUGUGGAUGUUAUAAAAAUUUUUUUAACCUGUUUCACUAAAUAUCUAUCCCCCAAAAUUAGAUCGAUUCGAGAGUAUGAGCAAAAUGUUUUAGAGAAACAUGAAAAAUCUCUUUCUUUUACAUGGAAUAUCCUCCAAUAAUCUAACAGUUCAUUUUGUUUGACUAAUUCAGAAAAAACUUUCCCGUUAGUUUUUACCUUCUUAUAGUUAUUACCUUUUAAUUUGGGACUCUUAUCCAAAUCUGCGUCCAAGUCCCCCAUAACAAUGACUCGACCCGUUUUAACACGGUCAAUGCUAUUAAAUAUUUUUCUAAUAAAUGGAAUUUGAGCCUGGUUCUGGGCAUAAAUAUUAGCUAAUGUAUAUUUUUGGUUGUUAAUUUCACACACUAAAAUUAUGUAUCGACCUUCUGUAUCAAGUUCUUGGUGAACAAUUUUCAAAGAAACAUUCUUCAAAAACAAAAAAGCCACCCCUCUUUUUUUUUUUUUGGCUUACGGAGGCAUUAAUUAUCGUGGGAAAUAGCUUAGACUUAAGUGUUGUUUUUUCUUCUGAUUUCCAGUGUGUUUCCUGUAAGGCCACUAUAUGUAUUUGCUCCUUCCUCAAAAAUUCAAGAAUUGUAUAUCUUUUAAAUUGCGAAUUGAUUCCUUGUGCAUUAAUUGUUGCAAAUCUCAUAUUAUCUUCCUAUUCUUAUUUUUUCCGCAGGGAGUCUAGAGGGGCCAUCAUCUUCACAUACAAACAUUUACAUCCAUACAUCUCUAUACAUUUUCUGCCUUUACUUAGGCCUUGAAUGUAUCUCUCCUCCCUCCUACCUAUCUCCUUCCCCGGAUUUCCCAUAAUCCUGAGCAGACAGAUCAAAUGGCGACAAUAUCCCUCUUGCGAGAGUCGCUUAUAACCCCUUCUUUAGACUCACAAGAUUACCAGCAAUCCAUGAGCUAAAGUAUUCUCCUGGCCUGGAGAAAUAUGUCUAUAAGAAGAGAAAAAAAAAUCCAAUUCUUUCUAAGUCUAAAUUUAUUUCCCUUCAUCCCUUUAAUCGUCACUCUUAUCUAUAUUAUUUUGGCCUCUUUGUUAUGUCAGAUUUCCUUUUCUUUCCUUCUUGUGACAGUUAUCAAUUACAUUAGUGUCUAUGUAUUAAUUUACCAUUGUGUUUUUCAACUCCUAUAUUUAAGGCACCCAAAAUGAGAAAAAAAAAUAAAAAAAUUAAAAAGUGAAUAAAUGUCUUUUUAAAUUCAUUUUAGUCUUUCUAUAUCUAUAUUUCUAUAUUUCUCUCCCUUCUUUCUUUUAUUCAUCCAUCAUAUCUAUAGUGUUUCAACUUCUUUUCUUUAUCAAGAACUUUUCCUUACUGUGACAAAUAACAUUUAGGUAAGUGCUUAUAUAGUGAUUUACUACCGUGUUUUUCAUUUCCUAUACUUAGAAUUCGCACAAAACAACAAAAAGAAAACAAACAAACAAAUAAAUAAAUAAAUAGUAAAAAUAAUAAGGAAAUAAAUUAAAAAAAAUUAUCUUUUUAUUCCAGUUAUUCUUUCUUUAAUCUAAAUCUCUUUCCCUGCAUCCCCUUAAUCAUCUAGCUUGUCUGUGAUAUUUUGACCUCUUCUCUUUAUCAAAUUUUCUUUUUCUUGCCUUCUCAAGACAAACAUUAAUUAAAUUAGUGCCUAUAUAUUAAUUCCUGUGUUUAGGACUCCCAAAAGUGAAAGGAAAAAAAUAGAUAUAUAAAUGUCUAUUUAAAUUCAAUUAUUCUUUCUAAAUCUAUAUUUCUGUAUUUAUUUCCAUUCGUUUUUUUUAUUCAGUCAAUCAUAUCUAUGAUGUUUUAACUUCUUUUGUCGGAAUUAUUUUCCUUACUGUAACAAAUAACAAUUAAAUUAGUGCCUAUGUAGUGGUUUACUACUGUGUUUUUCAUUAAAAAAAUUUAAAAAAAUUCCCUUCCACUCCUAUAUUAUGUUCUUUUCUUGUAUCCAUUUUUUUUAUGUUUGCGGUUUUUCAAAGGUUAACCUCUGAUUGUCGUAGGUUAAAUUUAUGCGUGUCGGGAACCCCCAUGCAUAUUUAAUUUAUUUUUCCCUCAGUAUCGCUGUCUGUGUUUCAAAAGAUUUUCUUUGAGCUCUCGUCUGGAAAGAAAGAUCUCAGAAGAUCUUAAUUUGUUGAUAUGCUGAAUCUUUUAGGUCUUUGACCGAAAUAGCUUUCAUAAUUUGCGUCUUGAUCCGGUAUGACCGUAGGCAGAUAAUCACAUCUCUUGGGGAUUGGUCUAUGACCCUGCUACUAGGCUUUAUUGUUCUAUGGCAUCUUUCCAUGAAAUUUUUUUCCGUGUCCAGGUCAAUCCCCAGAAAUUUAAAGAAUUCAUCACAAUAGCCUUCCAAUUUUGUGUAUACAAUGCUCUCCGGUAUCCCCCUGAGUCUGAGAUAAUUUCUUCUGGAUCUAUCUUCUAAAUCACCGAUCUUCUCUUUUAUAUUUUCCAGUUUUAUUUCCAAGGUAUUUAUUUUGUCAGUAUUAUUUUUUUGUUGCAUAUCAAUUUGUUCUGUUUUAUCUUCCAAUUCUUCCAGUCUUCUCCCUAUAUUUUGGACCUCUUUUUUGAUUUCCAUUGAAUGCAUACUUAUUUCUUACUUUAUUUUCUCUAGUUGGGCUUCUAGGCAUUUAGCCAGAUAUUCAGCCGAGAUAGAAACACUUUCAUUCCAUGAAUUCUCAGAUAUUUUAUCUACCUCCGCUUCCUUAGUGUCAAGUAAUGGUAGUGAUUCUUCAUGUAUUGAUUUAGGAUUUUUUUCCUUAUUUAAUUGCGGAGAAAGAAAAUCAGAGGCUCUUCUUUCUGUUGUACUUUCGUAAUUUACUUCCAUCUUUUUUGUUCUUUUUGAGCUUUGCUUAAUAUCUUGUGUUUUCCUUGUAGUCAUAUUUUGGUGAAUUUUGGUUUCUUAAUCCUGUACCUUUUUAUGGGAUCUAAUUGGAUCUUCUUUUAAUAAUGAUUUAACUCCUCUCUACCUCUACCAAGCACCCCUCUCCAAACCCCUCAAUCUAGCAGUUUAGGCAAUCCACCUCCUAUUGCUUUAGUGCAGCAUAGGGGGGAGGAGAGAGGGAAACUCCAACAAACAGAGAGAGGGAGAAAAAAAAAGAAAAAAAGGCAACACAGUUUCUCUCUUACUUUCUAUAUCACUUUCUAUAUCACUCAAAAAAAAAAAGACUGGGCAUCCACAUUUAGACAAGUUUAAACCAUAAAUAAACUUAUCUGCCACUGCCCCUCAUGGGGUCUUUGAGAUCCUGCUCACCACCUUGGUUCACCUUUCACUUUCCCUUUUUACACAUUUUUACCCGUUUUCUUUAAGGUUAGACAAGUUCCAACAAUUAGUGUACUUAUCUGCUGCUGCCGCUUAUCAAAGGUAUCCGGGUCCCUGCUCAAUGCUUCUUUUCCCAACUGUUUUAGGUCCUACCUGGUCUUCACGUUUUAGACGUUAUCGAUCAAAAGUUUCCAGGAGUGCUCACCGCUUUACCGAACACCGCACAAGCUCCUAGCACUGUGUUCAUAUCUCUCCACACCUCCUCAUUCUCCCGUGUACCCUUUCCUCCCGGACAGGAAAAGACGCCCGCGAAACGCCGUGUUGCGUGCGUCAGCUACGUCAUACCGUUUUCUUCUCUUUCACGGAAUGAUUAUGUUCGAGGUAUGAUGAUAAAGUUACUCCUUUUUUUUCUAAAUGUUUGUUAUUUCUGUUUUGUUUACGUUAAAGGUAAGUGAUUUGUUUGUCUGAUAACUGCGUAUUUCUCGGUUAUAUUUACUGGGCGCACACCUAAAGAGGGGUUGCUACUUUUCUGCAGGAGCCAGUUCCUAAUUCCCUUUGCUCUGUUAACCAAAAGGCUGGCUCGGUAUAAUAGGAGUUAUAGUUUGCUAUUCCUGCCAUAGAACGUACAUUGUGAUACUUUAUCCUGGCGUCGCUUAGUUUCUUUAUAACAAUGUUUCUAGAACAAGUUAACGUAUUAUUAUUUUUAUCGCCGUACAGGGACACAAGCUGGUCUUUACAUCACGACUCAGAACGUUACGGCCACAUCGGGGAGCGACGUCACGCUCACAUGUGAACUCUCAUCACCUGACGUCAAACUGACCCAAGUCAACUGGAAGCUGUGCAACGGCUCAUACAUUGCCUUUCAUGUGCAGGACAGAGGACACGUCAAGGAGGCAUUUGCAGAGAGGGUGGUGCUGGCAGAGCGGUAUGGGGUAAAAAUACGAAACGUGAGCUACAGCGACACCGGCCAAUACUGCUGUAUUUUCAAUGUCUUCCCACACGGUGCGUAUCAAGGAGAAAUAUUCCUCGAGGUCACAGGUAAACAUGUCAUACAGCGUCAGUAAAGCAACUUUAAAUGAGGGUUUAUUACAGUAACAAAUGUUAUCAGAGAAGAACAACACUGAGAGAGAAUGAGAGUAUAAACAACCAAAAAUGGGAAAUGGAAUGAGAGAGAGAGAGAGAGACCGAGAGAGUGAGAGACCAAGAGAGAGAGCAUGAGAGAGAGACCAAGAGAGAGAGAGUGAGAGACCGAGAGAGUGAGAGAGAGCAUGAAAGAGAGACCAAGAGAGAGAGAGUGAGAGACCGAGAGAGUGAGAGAGAGCAUGAGAGAGAGAGACCAAGAGAGAGUGAGAGACCGACAGAGUGAGAGAGCAAGAGAGAUGGAGAGAGCAAGAGAGCUAGAGAGAGCAAAAGAGAUAGAGAGCGCAUGAGAGAUAGAGAGAGAGCAAGAGGGAUAGAGAGCAAGAGAGAUAGAGAGAGCAAGAGAGAUAGAGAGCAAGAGAGAUAGAGAGAGAGCAAGAGAGAUAGAGAGAGCAUGAGAGAGAGACCAAGAGAGAGAGAGUGAGAGACCGAGAGAGUGAGAGAGAGCAAGAGAGAUAGAGAGAGCAAGAGAGAUAGAGAGAGCGAGAGAGAGAGUGAGAGACAGAGAGAGUGAGAGAGAGCAAGAGAGAUAGAGAGCAAGAGAGAUAGAGAGAGCAAGAGAGAUAGAGAGCAAGAGAGAUAGAGAGAGAGCAAGAGAGAUAGAGAGAGCAUGAGAGAGAGACCAAGAGAGAGAGAGUGAGAGACCGAGAGAGUGAGAGAGAGCAAGAGAGAUAGAGAGAGCGAGAGAGAUAGAGAGAGAGCAAGAGAGAUAGAGAGAGCGAGAGAGCAAGAGAGAUAGAGAGAGUAAGAGAGAUCGAGAUAGCAAGAGAGAUAGAGAGAGAGAUAAGCGAUAGAGAGAGAGCAAGAGAGAUAGAGAGAGCAAGAGAGAGAGAGAGAGAUAGAGAGAGAGAGAGAGAGAGAGAGAGAGAGAGAGAGAGAGAGAGAGAGAGAGAGAGAGAGAGAGAGAGAGAGAGAGAGAGAGUGAGAGAGAGAGAGAGAGAGCGAGAGAGAGAGAGAGCAAGAGAGAUAGAGAGAGUGCAAGAGAGAUAGAGAGAGAGCAAGAAAGAUAGAGAGAGCAAGAGAGAGAGCAAAAGAGAUAGAGAGAGAGCAAGAGAGAUAGAGAGAGUGCAAGAGAGAUAGAGAGAUAGAGUGAGAGCAAGAGAGAUAGCGAGAGAUAGAGAGAGAGUGAGAGAUAGAGAAAGCAAGAGAGAUAGAGAGAGAGCAAGAGAGAUAGAGAGAGAGCAAGAGAUAUAGAGAGAGCAAGAGAGAGAGCAAAAGAGAUAGAGAGAGAGCAAGAGAGAUAGAGAGAGAGCAAGAGAGAUAGAGAGAGAACAAGAGAGAUAGAGAGAGCAAGAGAGAGAGUGAGAGAUAGAGACCAAGAGAAAAAGUGAGAGUGAGAGAGAGCAUGAGAGAGAGACCAAGAAAGAGAGAGAGUGAGAGAUAGACUGUGUGGGUUUUACAUGAGAUCCUCUGAUCCUAGCUUACUUUAUUUCUGUUCCAUUGUUCUCUCGGCCUGGAAGUGGCCCAUCAUGGGAGAUAGUCACGUUAGUUUCAUUUCUCUCGAAAACCUGGAACAGCCCAUCAUCAGCGGAAGUCAGUGGAUUUUGGUUCCGACCUGCGAUCGCCCUAUCUCAUGGAAUGUAAUUAGUUGGUUUCAUUGUUCUCACCGACCUGGAACAUUGUCAUCAUGGAAUGUAGUGAUUGGUUCCAUUGUUCUCUCAGCCUGGAACUGGCCCAUCAUCUCAUGGAAUGUAGUGGUUGGUUCCAUUGUUCUCUCAGCCUGGAACUGGCCCAUCAUCUCAUGGAAUGUAGUGGUUGGUUCCAUUGUUCUCUCGGCCUGGAAUUGACCUAUUAUCUAAUGGAAUGUAGUGGUUGGUUCCAUUGUUCUCUCGGCCUGGAAUUGGCCUAUUAUCUCAUGGAAUGUAGUGGUUGGUUCCAUUGUUCUCUCAGCCUGGAACUGGCCCAUCAUCUCAUGGAAUGUAGUGGUUGGUUUCGUUGUUCUCUCAGCCUGGAACUGGCCCAUCAUCUUAUGGAAUGUAGUGGUUGGUUCCAUUGUUCUCUCAGCCUGGAACUGGCCCAUCAUCUCAUGGAAUGUAGUGGUUGGUUCCAUUGGUUGCAAUGGAUGGUGAUGGCCCAGUUUUAGUAGUUUUCUGAAUAGAAGGUUUUGAUGCAUUUCCUUAUUAUAUCUAAAUGUUUAACCUGAAUCACACAUCAGAUCUUCAACAUAAUGUGAUACAAUAGGGGAGAGUUUUCAGAGUGUCUUGAUCAAAUAAUGGUUCAAAGCUAUGUGAUCGUAUCUACCAACAAUGUCCCUGUUUAAUUCAUAGGUUUCCAUGGUGACAGCAACACCUUUACAAUGUUGCACUUUUCAAACGACAAAACUUUAAUUAAUAAUUCCUCCCAGAGCUCCACAGCAUUAAAACUCACAGUAACUUGCAAUAUAUGAGUGUAUCACAGAGCUCCACAGCAAUAAUACUCACAGCAAUACGCAGUAUGUAUGAUUGUAUCACAGAGCUCCACAGCAAUAAUACUCACAGCAAUACGCAGUAUGUAUGCAGGGCCGGCCUUAGGCAAUUAGGCGCCCUGUGCAAAAAGUCUUCACGGCGCCCCCCCCACCUCCCACCAAGUUGCCUGAAUACAGUAACACACACAGGCACCGGGGACGUGUGUAUCACGAGGCAAACAAGGCAUCUGCCUUGGGCGCCACUUUGCAGGGGGCGGCAAAAAAAGCAUCCCUCCAAACCCCCAGGCAGAUCCCUUGCUUGCCUCGCAUCCUGGGGGGCUCAAGAGCUGCCCGGCUGGCCACUUUUGAGCCCCCCCAAGGCUGGCAGCGGGCAGCGAAGGAGCAUACUCACCUGAGCUCUUCCUGCUCAGCUUCCUCUGCGCCGCUUAAUGAAGCCGGGAGCCAGAAUAUGACGUCAGUCCGGCUCCCGGCAUCACUAAGCGCUGCUUACUCAGCCUGUGCGCCCCCUGCCUGACUGCCCAGCAGCCACCGGCUCCCGGCAUCACUAAGCGCUGCUUACUCAGCCUGUGCGCCCCCUGCCUGCCUGCCCAGCCACACUGGACUGCUGGUAAGAAAUCCACUCCAGCUUUCCCAGGGAGGCUGGGUGGAUUUAAAAUAAAUGUAAAAAAUAUUAGUUUGUGAGUGUUAGUGGAAAUGUCUGUGUGUGUGUCUGUGAGUGUUUAUUUUGAAGUGAAUGUGUGUGUGUGUGUGUGUGUGUGUCUGUAAGUGUGUAAUUGUGUGUGUCUGUAAGUGAAUGUGUGUGUGUCUGUGAGUGAAUGUGUGUUGGUCAGUGAGUGUAUAUGUGUCAGUCAGUGAGUGUGUAUGUGUCAGUCAGUGAGUGUGUAUGUGUCGUCAGUGAGUGUGUGUCGGUCAGUGAGUGUGUAGGUCAGUGAGUGUGUAGUGUCGGUCAGUGAGUGUGUGUCGGUCAGUGAGUGUGUGUCAGUCAGUGUGUAUGUGUCAGUGGAGUCGUGCAUCUUUCAGUGAGUGCUUGCGUCUGUCAGUGAGUGCUUGCGUCUGUCAGUGAGAGUGUGCAUCUGUCAGUGUGUGUCCAAGUAAUAGUGUAUGUGUGUAUGUCAUUGUUUGUCAGUGUAUAUGAGAGUGUGUGUCUGUCAGUGAGUGUGCGUCAUGUCAGUGAGUGAGCGUCUGUCAGUCAAAGUGCGGCCUUGACAGGAAGGGGUGGGGGAAAUUUAAACUCGGUUACAGGCAUGUACACACACACUCAGUUAAAGGCAGUCACACAUACAGGCACAGGCACAGGCACAAACAAUGGCACAGCUACAGCGACACACACAGACAGACAGUCACAUAGGCAGUCACACACACAGACAGACACACAGUAACACACACAUAGACAGUUAUACACACACAGGCAGGCAGUCACACAGAUAGAAAGUCACACACACAGGCAGGCAGUCACACACAGACAGAUAGUUACAGACAGACACACACAGGCAGGCAGGCAGUCACAUACAGGCAGUCACGCACACAGGCAGUCACACACACAGACAGACAGUCACACACACAGACAGUCUCACACACACAGGCAGUCACACACACGGGCAGUCACACAGACAGACAGUCACACAGACAGACAGUCACACAGACAGACAGUCACACACACAGGCAGUCACAUACAUGGGCAGUCACACAGACAGACAGUCACACACACAGACAGUCACACACAGGCAGGCAGUCACACACAGAGACAGUCACACACACACACACACACAGACAGUCACACGCACACAGGCAGGCAGUCACACAGACAGACAGUCACACACACACACAGACAGACAGUCACACAAACAGGCAAACAGUCACACACACACACUUACCUCUUUCCAGUGGAUGCAGUUGGCUGAUGGGGAAGCAUCUUUCCCUCUUCCUGUACAGCAGGGGCUUCGGGAGGUAUUAGCCCCGUCUCCGCCUCUCGAUAAGCCCCGCCUCCGCCGCUCGGUAAACCCCGCCCCCUCUGCCGCGAUUUUUUUUUUUUUUUUAAUAGACCCGGGUGGAGAAUAAUUAAUCCUCCAGCCAGGUACCUCUUUUAGCUCCCCUGCACUCCGGCCAUGAGUGAGCUGUGUCGGCCACAGGGCGCCCCCUGUUCCAUGGCGCCCUGUGCGGUCGCACAGCUCGCACACCCCUAAGGCCGGCCCUGUAUGUAUGAUUGUAUCACAGAGCUCCACAGCAAUAAUACUCACAGCAAUACGCAGUAUGUAUGAUUGUAUCACAGAGCUCCGCAGCAAUAAUACUCCCAGUAAUGUGCAAUGUGUAUGAGUGUAUAACAGAGCUCCACAACAGUAAUACACUUGUAAUGUGCAAAAUGUGUGAUUGUAUCACAGAGCUCCACAUCAAUAAGACUCACAGCAAUACGCAGUAUGUAGGAUUGUAUCACAGAGCUCCACAGCAAUAAUACUCACAGUAAUGUGCAAUGUGUAUGAGUGUAUCACAGAGUUCCACAGCAAUAAUACUCACAGCAAUAUGUAGUAUGUAUGAGUGUAUCACAGAGCUCCGCAGCAAUAAUACUCAAAGCAAUACGCAGUAUGUAGGAUUGUAUCACAGAGCUCUACAGCAAUAAUACUCACAGCAAUACGCAGUAUGUAGGAUUGUAUCACAGAGCUCCACAGCAAUAAUACUCACAGUAAUGUUCAGAAUGUGGCUGUAUCACAGAGCUCCAUGACAUUUAAACUGUCAGGAACUUGUAGUGAGGUUUGGCCUGUGAUAUUAUAACCAAUUUUAGCAUGUCUUAUUAUUUUGUGAUACAUUGAAAUAUCCUGUGAUUUUCCUGUCAAUCACUGAGCCCCCAUAUAUCUGGAAGCAGAUAUUGGAUUGCACUUUACUGACCUCGGUUUUUUUUUUUUAUAUCUCAGAUAAGAUGGAUUCUCAGUUGAAGCUGUAUGCAUUGAGUGGCCUGGGUUCUGUGAUCCUCGCCAUCAUCGGAUGCGUUGGGGUAUUCUGCUACAAAGUGAGUACUCAACACAAUUAAAGAAUUCUGUAAAUAAUUCUAAGUUAGCCAAAUAACAGAAAAUAGAGUCCAUCAACAAAUACCAGAACAGAGUGCUCGAAAAUCAUGUCUAAUAUUUCCGUUCAAUGAAGCAUCCGAGUGAAGUGAUAACACUUUCAGUGGGAUAGUACAUUUAAUAUAACACGUUCGGAAUUUGGUGACCACGUCAUAUAUCUGCUGAUCACCAUCCUGCAUGAACCACUCAAUCACGCAAGAGACAGCAAGAGCGUCAGACAUCCCAUAAUAUGUAUUAACACUGCGUGUUCAUCAAACAGAUUAUCAGAGAUAAAUAGCGCCAUCGUAGGAGUGGAGCUUCUAUACAUGCAGUAUCCUUUAUCUUACAUACUGACAUUCUCCAUAAGGACAAUCUGCUGACUAGCUCUAACAGGCUUAUUUACUAAACACUAUAUAAACGGCAAUAAUAAUAAUAAUAAAGUGAUUUCAGAUUCAAGGCCAGAGUAGCCGAGCAGAAAGCAUUGCUGACUUAGAGAAUUUUGACUGAUGGAUUGGAGGAAAUUGUGGUUGAUGUUGAAAUCCCCGGGGGCAGAUUAUAGAUGUCUGUUGUCUUUUUUGUUUUUUAGAGACGUUCAAGAAGGAAGCGUCUAAACAGCAGUGAUCAGAAUGAAUAUGUAACAAAUCUGGCUUUUCCUAUGGUCCGGACAGCAACUAUGACCACAUCCCAAGACGCAGUGACAGAGGAGGAUUGCAAUGGGAUGGAAUACUUUAAUAUCUUACUAUACAGGAAUCCUCUGUGAUAGAACCACUGGAAAUAGCGAAAACACUGCCCUACUCACAAAACAUCAUUACUCUUUACCACGGUAUAUUAUACAGACCUAUCUAUGUACAGUGGGACGAAUGCUGCAUUCUAUACAUGUAUCACAAUCUGCACAGGACACAAUGGAUUGCCACGGACUGAUCUAUGGGUUUUAGGAGCAGAUUCUGUUACCUAGGAAUCCACAGGAGUACGCUGAUACUUCUUGAGUUCUUCGACUACAGCUAGGAAUGCGAGUAAAAAGUAACCAGUUAGGGCAGCAAGAAAAUUCUCAUGCCACGCUGUUUUUUUAAUAAAAUGUGUAAUGAUAUAUACACACACACGCAUGCAUGCACACGCACGCAUGCACGCACGCACACAUGCACGCACGCAUGGACACACUGGUUUGGGCUUCAGCAUGCCUAUAAAAAAGGUAUUUCUUGUAAAUGUGUGUUUUUUAAAAUAUAUUUAAAUGGUGGUGUAUUCCAAGCCAGAGUAUGUUUUUGAUUAAUAUUUUUUUUCAGACUUUGCUAAUUGGUUCUAAUAUACAUUGUCACGCUGUAUAAUAUAAAUGGUAUACUUUGUUAUAUUGGUGACCUAUUCAGUGGGCCAGUGUGGUCUCUUUUUUUACCUGCCAUGCUAUGGAGGGGCUUCACAGCGGGCUUAUCAGGAUUAGGGAAGGGACAAUCAAGGUGACAAUGCUGAUUAAAUAAAUAGAUCAAAAUAAGAAACAUACAGGCGUUGCAGCCGAAAUGUGAG